UUAUUGAGAAAUAAUUCUCAUGUCAGCAGAAAACUCAACCAUCACCGUCCGUCUUGUUCGCUCGUUUGAACAUCGGAACUUCAGGCCUGUGGUGUACCAUGGAGUUAACUUGGAUCAGACAGUAAAGCAGUUCAUUACUUUUGUGCGGAAGGAUGUGCCUUCAAGAACAGGACUUCCGCCUCCUUUCAAAAAUUACAAGUAUGAUACAAUGAAGAUUAUUCACCAAGCACACAAAUCUAAGACCGGUGAACUUGUCGUGAGUUUGGAAGAUGAUGACAAACUGAUUUUGAAAGAAGACAGUACGCUGAAAGCAGCUGGAGUAGCAAAUGAGACGGAAUUAGCAUUCUUCUGUGAGGAAGAUUACAGAAACUACCAAGCUAAUCCUGUUUCGGCCUGGUGAAGAUCCCAAGAGAUUGUUUUGUUUUCCCAUACCUGUUGUAAAUUUUCCUUAUUCUGCUUAAUGAGAUUUUUCUUAAAGAUCAAUAAAUCCUAGAGGAUUGCUUUGCAAA